CUCCCGACAGCCCGUCGACAAUGAAUAAGCGCCGAGGGAAACGAUAUUGUCCCCAUAAAACACCAGCUGUUGACAUCGGUGGACUUCUCGAUCGGAACAGCACCUCCACACCUUGAACAUUCCAAUGCCGUAAUUAUGCAACCCACAAUGCAUUUACAUUGUGCGACACAUGCUAGUUGUGUAAUACCAGGACACGUACAUAUGAGUCGAUGUCUUCACUGAUCAGUAAGCAGAGCGAAGGCUUCUGAGUUAGAGAAUUUGGACUUUCAUGGCUGGCACCAAGGCAUGACAUCACAAUCCUUUGCAUCGCUGCCUGAAAAUUGCUGUCCACCAAAGCAACAAAAGGAAGCGAGCUCCUGCUCCAUCGGGAUGCCAUCAUCUUUAACCCCGAAAAUGAUAAUAAACGAGUCCAAAAAGCCCUCUUCUGAUCCUCAGAUUCCGGCGUUUUUGCGACAGACGACUGAGGAUCCUGCUACAACGCUCGCCUUCAUCCAAAGUCAGAUACAUGCCAUCUACUCGACAGCAAGCGCAAACCAGCAAGAUGACAAUGCUCCCAAGCUAGACCAUGAUACCUAUAUCAAGAUCUAUACCGCUAUACACAGCUACUGUACUGCCACCAAGUCGCCAAAAGGAUCCCUAAGCGGUGAAGAUCUCUACCGCUAUCUCGAAGAAGAAGUCAGGAAUUACUGUCAUGGUGUCCGGAGCUAUAUCUUCAUCACAGACAAUGAUGAGGAAGGCGAUUCAGCGCGUAGACUGCUGAAAGCAUACAUGACACAAUACAACAAGUUUGCACACUUGUCGAAUCUCGUUAAAAACCUCAUGCAGGUGCUGGAGAGGCAUUGGGUCCGGAGAGAGAUUGACGAGAAGAAGAAGAAUGUGUACCUCAUUGAAGAUCUCAAUAAAAUGGUCUGGAGAAAACAAGUUCUCCAGGUUGGUGCAGAUACAGCGCCGACAAAACAAGGCUUGGGAGAAGUCGCGGAUGCAGUGACGGAGCUGCGAGAGAGAAGUGGGGAGAUGGCGGAGUAUGACUCGAAGCUCGUCAAGGAUGUGGUCAGAUCAUUGUCUUUUCUUGGUCUCACGCUGGACGAUUGAAAUGAAUGGCUUCCGAGAUACCGACCUGGGCUGCAAGUGAGAUGUCACCUUCUAGGGCGUUCUAUGCCGCCAUGAGAAGUCGACGACACAUUCUGGAAGACAAGGUAGACUUGUAGUUCUAAACAAGAUAUCCCAGUGAGGUCGAAAGCUCUGUUCACCUUGC